AUGGCCGACGCAGAGGCAAAGCACAUCGCCCAGGAGAUGAAGAAGCUGGAGACGAAGCUGGAGAAGGAGACCAAGGUGGACCAGCAGCGCGUGGCGAAGGCGGAGAAGCAUCUCGGGCAGUCGCAGAAGGAGCAGGCCAAAGCAGAGAAGGCCGCUAAUAAAGCUGACCACGCCGUCGAGAAGGCGAUGAAGUCCGAGCACAAGACGGCGCAGAAGAUGAACGCUGCAGCGCAUAAGCACGACGUCGCGCUCACGAACCAGCACAAGGCAGAGCAUGACCUCGACCUUCGCAAGCGCGGCAUCCAGGAGGCCCAGGCGCAUGUCCAACAACACGAGAAUGCUCUCAACGACGCCAAGACGACGCACGAUCAGCGCGAGCAGGCGCGCGCCGCCCGUCUGGCCGAUGCCCGCGCCGCCUUCAACCACGGCGACGCACCCCAGGGUCCCGCCGCGGGCAUGCGUGCGGGAGGUGCAGCGGGUAUGACGGAUGGUCACGAGUAG